UGCCUACCAGUCCGGUGCGCAUGCGCGAAAAACCUGCAGCAAAACAAUAACAAUGAACUACCCUAUUACUGGCCAGGGAGCUGUCCUCAGACCCAAACACAACAAGAGAGAGUGCAGCAGUUACAUUUUUCAGUACCCUUACUGAAAAACCAAAACGACUAUAUUUUGUUAGACUAUAUAUUAAAAUUUGUUGACAAUAUUCUUAGGAUUUUGUAAUUAAACACUGAUUCAGUCACCCUGUCAUCCGUAAUACUUAGGAAAGUAUGCCCUCAUUUCCUCUCUUUUGUAACCUGCUGCAGUUCAGCAUUGUCCUCUCUGUUAUACGCAGAUGUUACUGGGGAUCUGUAUAAGCAUUGAACUGAGUGUACCAUUAUAUACUUUUUCCCAUAAGUUUCCCUAAGUUUAAGUUGGUUUCCCCUAAGUUUAAAUAUAGCCUUUGGUUUAAUAUUUAAAAUAUUUAAUAAUCGCCUGCCCUUACAACGUGACUUUGUGAUAAUGCAUUUAAAUUGCACUGUAAUGCACCUAAUUGAUUAUUUUACUUUUUCUGUCAGAGGCUGGGGAUGCCAUUGGCCAAAAUAUGUCUCCCCCUCUCUAAUACACUUAUACGUGAAUGCUGGUGCAAAUAGUGAAAAUGAAUAUGUACAUUUUUAUGUGAAACUAUCUUUAUAUGAAGCUGCAGCUGUCCUCCAAAUCGCAGCUUCUUAUUCUGACAUUUAGGGGGAAAAUAAAGAAGAAACAAAUAUAAAAAACUUACAAGUGAAUUAAAUGAAACUAUCUCUUUGUCUGUAUACCUUAGGAAAUACUGAGGGGUGAAAUCCUUCAGGAGUUGCAUGACCAGCUGCUAAACAUCUUGGAGAGGCAGCCUCUUGACAUGGAGGGGUUACUUUUUGUUUGCCGUCACUAUUUAGUUUUAUUAAGCGCUUUGGGUCAUACAGUACAUGUAGGAGAAGACAUCCUGUUGGAACUUACAAAUUUAACCACUAUUCUCCAGCAGGAAAGAGAAAAUGAGCUUACAUUUGUUACACUGGAUCUGCAGAAGGGCUGUCGAGGGCGUCCGAGAAUGACAAUUGCUGUAGAUACCCUCAUUCAUCUUGUAGAACUUGGGAUUCCAUCAAAAUGUAUCUGCAGACUCCUUGGUGUGUCAAGAGCUACACUUUUUAGGCGAAUGGCUGAAAACAAUCUGUCAAUAUCUGCCUCAUACAGUAGCUGCAGUGAUGAGGAAUUGGACUCAUUGAUCACAGGAAUUAAGAACACAAUGCCAGAUGCUGGAUGCAGAGUAGUUAAAGGUGCUCUGCUUGCACAGGGACAUAGAGUGCAAUGGGACAGAGUUUAUGCAUCCAUGCAUCGUGUGGAUAGUGUAGGUUGACCCGUCUGAGAUGUGUGGCAAAGAGGACGUACACAGUUCCAUACCCAAAGUACAUGAUACACAUCGACACUAAUCACAAGCUCAUCAGGUACAACUUUGUUAUCUUUGGUGCAAUAGAUGGCUAUUCAAGAAAGAUUAUGUAUCUUAAGGUAGCAGACAACAACCGCUCUGAUAGCCAUUUGGCAUUCUUCAAUGAAGCUGUAAAUGAGCAUGGGUUUCCUUUGAGAGUGAGAGGUGAUCACGGAGGAGAAAAUGUGGGGAUAGCAGAAUUUAUGUUCUCAGUUCCACGAACUGAGAUUAACAGCUUCAUUGCCGGAAAAAGCGUGCAUAAUCAGAGGAUUGAGCGCCUUUGGCGUGACGUGUUCAUGAGUGUUACAGGAGUGUAUUACAACAUCCUGCACUGUCUUGAGGACCAACACUUCCUGAGCAACAGCAACAUCCUGCACAUAUUCUGCUGCCACUAUGUCUUUCUACCACGUAUGCAGGCCAGCCUAGAUGUCUUCAAGGAUGCGUGGGACAACCAUCCCAUCAGCACUGAGCAGAACCUAACACCCAAUCAGUUGUGGCAGGUGGGCCAGGCCCUCAACCCUGUUGCAGAUCCCGAGGAAGGUUUCAUCCCAGAGAUUCAGUGGGAGGAGAGUGGCUACACAAAUGAACCUCAUCACGGGGUCAAUAUUCCUGAACUGAACAGUCCUCUUUCGGAUCUGGAAAUGUUGGCACUGCAAGACAGCAUUGAUCCAUUGCAACCAUCUGACUGUUUUGGAGCAGACAUAUAUAUAAACACUGUCCAAUAUGUUGAAAACCUACUAGAAGCAAGAUAGAACCGCAUGGCUCUCUGUUGCCAUUACCCCCCCCAAUGACUGUUUAAAAAUCAAACUAUUGUGGAAAAUUUCAAUUAUUGUGAUAAUUGCUUGUCUCAUGCACAGUGGUCUGGCCCGCUGAGCGAUGGCAGAGGUUCAAGUCGUCCGUAAAUAAAAAACAAGAUCCUGCUGUUCAUGUGGCGUGCAUAUGUUUAUACCUGUCUAAAAAAAAAAAAAAAAAAAAAAAAAAAGAUUGAAGUUGCAAAGGGAAAGACGGACAUGGUAAUGAAUAAAAUUGAAUUUAAUUAAUCAAUACUGAAAUCCUUGUUAUAUUAUUGUACCUAACCUAAAGUGUUAAAAAUCCCAUUGAGCUUAAAUAAAAAUUUGUGAAUGUAGGUUAUGCAUUAAAGUCAUUUACACCAAAAUAAAAAUUAAUUUGAAAACUUUUUCUUUUAUAAGAAAGCAGUCAAUUCAGUGAGCAGCUGUUGUGCUGCAAUAGCUCCUGCUGGCAUACUGUCAUUCAUAGCAUCUGUGGGCAGUUUGAGACGCUCCUCUAAGUUAGUAUGAUUGAACGCCGAUAAACGUGAGACUGGUGGAUGUCUGCUUGCUUUUUCCAAAUGACGGAAAUCCGUCACAGUGACAGAGAACUUUAACCCCUGGUCUACGGUUAUACAGAAUCAUUGGUGGAUAGGUUACUCUAACGUUAUGGCGCAUUGACUCUACAUUAUAGGGUGUGUGUUUUUUUUCCACCGGGGGCUUACAUUCAUGAAAUCAGUUAUAACAAAUAAAAUAAUUACCAUUGUCCCCAUUAUGGUGAAGGAAACACUUGGAAUUGGUCAGAUCAACCAGGGCAAUCAUGCUGCAUAAAGAAUCAACCAUAAAAGUGGCUGCAAAAACUAU